CACCGGCCACACUACUUGUCCUUCAUUUUUGCCUCAAUUCUUUGCUUCAUGGGGUUGCAGAGUAGCACUAAAUUUCCAAACCUAACAACAUCAACCUCUCUAAACCUUUUGCCAGGCCUUGUAAAACACAUUCUCAUAUUGCUACUCUCAUACCUGCUUCAACUUUGGAAAUUCUUAUCCUUUAGACAUCGAAACCAUGCUGAUUAUCAGCCAGAUCAUCGACCAUCUCCUUCAUUGGUACCUCUCCCUUUCCACCUCAUAGAUGAAUCAAUCAAGAAGCAACUUCCAAUAACAGAAUAUGGUGACUUGCUCAAAAGAAGAGGAGCCAACUGUAGUGCAGAGGGCUUGGUCUGUGUCGUGUGCUUGAAUAACAUGGAGGCAAGUGAUGGGGUCAGAGAGCUUUGCAAUUGUUCUCAUGUGUUCCACAAGGAGUGCCUAGAUGUUUGGAUUGGUCAGGGCCAGGUAACAUGUCCUUUGUGUAGAUCCAAGCUAUCGCCUAGCCAAAAAAUGGAGCCAGGAUUGGGAGGCGAUCCAUGGAGAAUGGAGAGGUUGAGUUACUUGGUUUGGUGAAGAUUAUGAUAUGAUUACAUUUUGAUUUUGAUUCUAAACUACAAAGCAGUAAUUGCAUGUAUCUUCUUGUCCUAGAAGAUUUUCAAGGUACUUUACCAUUUCUUUAGGAGGAUUGUUGUUUCUGUUUAGGCAGGAAAAAACAUGAUUGCCACCUUAAUUUGUGCAAUCUAAUAAAUUGCUGUAAACAUUCCUCCAAAAGUGAGGCACAGGAUUUUUGUUA